UCACAGGAUAAUUCUGGAUUAGGCGAGCACUUGCUUGGACACACCCCUUUUUCUUCCAACUUCACCUGGAUUUAUUUACCCUCUGGAGCAACACACAAACUUGGAUUAAAUAUUUGUGUUAGACAACUUACUUUGUCCUUCCCUUUUUCUUAUUUCAUUCAGCAUACUGUAUAUUGUUGUCACAAAGGGGUCUAAACUGUGACAUAACCGCAUAAGGAUUAGCCCAUUUCGAACCGUCUCAGUGAAGGCCGUUAGUCUUCCAAGAAUGUAUGCAAGGCUUCCCUGUAUGUGCACAAGGCUUCUCUGGCCAAAAAGCUAGGUCAAAUAAAAAAAUACAUAGAAAUGUUCACUUUUGAUUGACAUUGUCAGAGAGGUAAGCAACAACAAUGGAAAGUACAGCCACAAUAAUGAACGAACAAAACAAAAAAAACGUAAAAGGCGUGCAUUGGUGUCUAUCAAAAGUCUUAUUGUAAAUAUUUCUUCAUCACGGGUGAGCAAAUUUGUGCUCAAGGGGCACAGUUGAUUUUUAAAACAAACAGGUGGGCCAGGUUAUUCAUAGACAAGGAAAAACGUGUGAAGUAGAGUAUUAUAGUUAUAAAAUAAUAAUCAUUGUUUACUUUACAACAUUUCAUCUUAUCACUUACCGUGAAUACAUUUACAAAUUAUUAAAUGAGAAAAAUCAACUUCUGGAAUUAACGGCUGAUUAAAUUCAACAAAUAUUACAGAACAAUUGAUAAUGUAAACGCUUGGCCGGAUUUAAGAACAGAACCAUGCUUUGCCCACCUUUGCAAUAGAUGCAGGUGUACUUAACGUUGUGGACAGUGAGUGCAAUUCAUUUUAAUAACAAUAUAUUAGAUAUAUGUAUUUAUUCUGGUGGAAUGUAUUUAUUUCACUUUAAAAUAAAACUUGUAUUCAUCGAAAUUGUUUUUUUAACGUUUCCACCAUUUUGUGUUAAAUUGUAUUGUUAUUAUUGUUAUUAUUUUAAUAUAGCUUGCGCAAGAGCCACCUUGUUUUGUUUUGAAGUUGCGGAAGGCGGAGACUCGUACGAGUUUAUGCUAUUUAAAACACGUCAUUUCCGACACAGUGGGCGGGAUUUAAAUUGAAACUCCGCCAGCAAAAAUAAAAAUAGCUCUUUGGAUUUUUCUAAAUGUUUAUUUUAUAUUACUCUUAUUUGUAUUAUCUGUAGGCGUAAGUGCCACCUUUUUCUGGUUUGUUUCGAAAUGACGUUUGAAGCGAUUUUAAAUUCGUCAUUUCCGGUAAAGCUGAUGCUUUUCUGACACGCUAGCAGCGAAAAGAAAAACACCGCAUUCAAUGUUUCCAUUUUUUGUGUGUGUGUGUAAUUAAAUCUAGCUAACUUCACUUUCAAUGCGAUAACUACGUUUUUUUGUUUUGUUCCCCCCGCCCCGCCAAAAUACGCGAGGAGGAGCCCCGUGCAAUUUUAAAGCCAUUUAAAUUACGUCACUUCCGGCUCCCCACUGACACUCCACCAGCGAAAAGAAAAACACAAACAUAACAUUGCGAGUGGCUUCCGGGGCUUUCACGCAGGGGAAUGUGAUCGGAUGCGCUGUUGAAAAGCGGCUCUGCUUUGCUCUGCCCCGCAUCAAAGGGCUGGACAAUGGAUCAGUCCUCUGAUGAGGAGGCGGCUCGCACCUUCGUGCAGGUCAUCAGCGACAAGUACAACACGGAGAACUUCCCCUACGGCCAAGGCGUGGGCGUCGUGGUGCUGCCCUCCACUCCCGGGUCGCCCAUCAAAGGUCGCCUGUUUUUGCCCAGCGUGCUGGUUCUGAACGACUGCGGGAUCAAAAAGGCGGGGAACAGGUCCGACAUCGCCGCGUUCUGUGCCCACGUGGUCGAGCUGGACCUGUCUUACAAUGAGAUCUACGACUGGGCCGAGAUCUGCGCCAUCGUUUCCAACGUCCCUCGCCUGGACUUCCUAAACCUGAGCAUGAACCCGCUGGGCGGCGCCACGCUGGAGCCGUGCAUGGCCGAGGUGUUCGCCCGGGUGCGGCGGCUCGUCCUCAUCAACACGCACGUCAGCUGGGACACCGUGAACGCGCUCACGCGAAACACGCCUGAGCUGCUGGAGCUCUUCCUGUGCCUGAACGACUACUACGCCGUGUCCCAGUCCUGCGCAGCCUGUCCGUCCCUGCGCCUGCUGCAGAUCACCGACAACCACCUGCGUGAUUGGGGGGAUGUGCGCAAGUUCGGGCUGAUGUACCCCAGCCUCAGCGAGCUGGUGCUGGCCAACAACAGCGUGGAAUGCGUGGGCGACACCCAAGAAACACUGCAACGCCUCUUCCCCAACCUGCGCUGCAUCAACUUCAACAACUCAGGGCUGAGUAAGUGGGAGGACAUCGAGAGGCUGAACUUCUUCCCCAAGCUGCAAGAACUCAAAGUGAUGGGGAUUCCGCUGUUGCAACCGUACACCACACAAGAGCGACGCAGCCUCCUUUUAGCGCAGUUGCCAAAUGUCUUGGUGCUGAACGGGGGCGCGGUGUCCGACAGCGACAGGGAAGCAGCUGAGAGGUUCUUGAUCCGGUACUACCAGGACUGUCCGGAGCAGGAGCGCCCACUGAAAAUGAAAUACGAGUCAUUUUUAUUUGCAACCAUGUCCCAUUCAUUUGCAAUUAUUAACCAUAUAGCCCAUACUCGUCAUGUCCUGUAUCCGUUUGGACCUGACCACAUGGAUCUGGAGACCCCCAAGAUGGAUGACGGGAGCUCCCCUGAGAUUCCUCUGCUCGUGCCCUUCGUUUUCUUCAGUACCCCUUACCGCACCAUUUAUAUCAACAAUAAUGGGGUGAUAUCCUUUAACGAGCAUGUGAGCCAGUUCACGCCAGAAGCGUUCCCCCUGAGUGACAGCCGGUCCUUUAUUGCCCCCCUAUGGGCGGACGUGCACAACGGGAUCCGAGGCGACGUCUACUACAGGGAGACCACCCAGCCGCAAAUACUGGAGCGGGCGACGCAUGACGUCCGGCGACAUUUCAAGAAUAUUCCCAACUUCACGGCCACCUGGGCCUUUGUCACCACAUGGCACCAGGUCACCUUCUACGGCGGGAGCCAGACAACCCCGGUGAACACAUUCCAAACUGUGCUAAUCUCAGAUGGUGGAGUGUCCUUCGCUCUGUUCAACUACGAGGAAAUCGCCUGGAGCACAGGCACGGCCAGCGGUGGAGAUCCUCUAACCGGACUGGGUGGCACUACAGCUCAGUCAGGUUUUAAUGGCGGGGAAAUCGGACACUUCUUGAACCUGCCACGAUCGCGGUCCAACGAUGUGGUGAACAUUGAGCAGACCACCAACGUGAACAUUCCAGGACGCUGGUUCUUUCGUGUUGACCCAGAGCUGAUCGACCCCGCCAAUGGCUGCAGCUACAAUGGUCGUUUUUACAGACGAGGUGAGGUCUUCUGGCUUUCGGACCGCUGCUUACAACGAUGCCGCUGUCUUGACGUCGACAACGAGGUGCUCUGCCAAGACACUCCAUGCAGCCAGCUGGAGACCUGCGAGCAGCAGGAGGGGGCCUUUUACUGUCAGCCCACACGCACCAGCACCUGUGUGGUGUUCGGUGACCCCCACUACCACACAUUCGACGGUCUUCUCUACCACUUUCAAGGAACCUGUUCCUACCUGCUGGCUCGGCCAUGCUGGGAAGCGGCGUGGCUGCCUUUCUUCAGCAUAGAGGCCAAAAACGAAGACCGCGGGGUGUCGACAGUCUCCUGGCUGAGAGAUGUAACCAUAGAGGUCUACAGUCACCGAGUCACAUUGCUCAAAGGAAGUUUGGGAAACGUUCAGGUGGAUGGCUUGGUGAAGACUCUACCGGUCCAGCUUCAGCUUGGUGCUGUCAAAGUCUACCAGUCUGGAGUGGCUGUUGCUUUGGAAACAGAUUUUGGACUCCUGGUGACGUACGACGGCCAGCACUAUGCCUCCAUCUCCCUGCCGAGCUCUUACUUCAACAACACGUGCGGCCUGUGCGGGAACUACAACGACGACCCCGCCGAUGAUCCUGUCCUUCCUGACGGCACCCUGGCGGAAAGUGUAGCUAAACUGGGCGGAGGCUGGCGAGCGGAGGGCGCCGACUGGCAUUGCACUGACGGUUGCGUAGACAACUGCAGCGUAUGCGAUGUGCUAACGGAGGCCUUCUUGUUUGGCUCAGACUACUGCGGGCUCAUAAACAAAACUGACGGAGCUUUCAGGGACUGCAGAGGCGUGGUGGAUCCCACCGCUUUCGUGUUUAGUUGUGUCCACGAUAUGUGUAGCAACAAGGACAAUAUCACAACACUCUGCCAAGCCAUCCAGGCCUACGCUCUGGCCUGUCAGGCACUUGGUGUCACAAUCCAUCCCUGGAGGUCUCGGACCUUCUGUGCCCUGACGUGUCCACCGUUCAGCCACUACCAAGUGUGCACCAGCGCCUGUCCGGCCUCCUGCUCGGAUAUCACCGCUCCCUUGUAUUGCGCCCACCCUUGCACCGAGGGCUGUCAGUGCGAGCAAGACUACGUCCUCAGCGGCAACCAUUGUGUACAGCGGGAUGACUGUGGCUGUGAGCACAAUGGUCUCUAUUACCCUCUCAAUGACACUUUUUGGGCAGGCCCCAGCGGCGAAGAAGGUGAAUGUAGCCUCCGAUGCACCUGCGUGGGCGCGGGCGAAAUCUCUUGCUUCAAUGAGUCUUGCAAGGAAGGCGAGGUGUGCACGGCGGAGGUGGGCACGCUAGGUUGCUACCCUCGCCGGGAGGGGCUCUGUUCAAUCGCUCAGAACGCUGUGACAUCAUCCUUUGAUGGCGCCUUCCUGCUGUUCCCAGAUGACAGCUCCUACUACCUACUGAGGCUGUGUGGGGCUGUGCCAGCUAAUGGUUCAAUGGUGGAGGUGAAGAUAGGCAGACGGCUGGUGAACAAAGGCCCUGCUUGGAAAAGACCUGUGGUAGUCACGGUUGCUAGCCUGGAGGUUCAGGUGGGAGGGCUGGAUUUGGAAACGGUAAAGGUCAACGGCAAACUGACCGCCCUCCCGUACGUCCAUCCGACACAGACCAUAAAGGUCUACAGAGCAUCGGGUAACGCCACGGUGGUGGAAUCCCGUGGUCAACUUCGUGUUCACUACACACAACAGGGAUCCGUCAACAUCUCCCUCUCCACCGCAUUCUACAACAUCACCUGUGGUCUGUGCGGUGUCUUCAACGGUGACCCCGCUGACGACUUCCGCCUCCCCAACGGACGCCUGGCGGAGUCUGCCUCACAGUUCUCAGAGGGAUGGCGUUCCAUCGCCGACGACAUUACGUGCAAUGGAGACUGCGAAGACUUGUACCGCAUGUGCACGGACCUACGCCACUAUCAGAGUCCGUGGAUGUGCGGCAACAUCAACGACCCCGGGAACAGCUCCUUCCUGGCGUGUCAUAGGGCAGUCAACCCCUCACCGUUUUUCCGGAACUGCUUGUACAACAUGUGCGUGAAGGACGGCGACCGCUCGGCCCUCUGUUCCUCGCUGCACGCUUACGCCGCUGCCUGCCAGGAUGCUCAGGUGGUUGUCACUUCCUGGAGGAUAACCACCAACUGCCCUUUUCCCUGUCCGGCCAACAGCCAUUUCGAUGAGUGUGCCAGCGCUUGCCCCCUGACGUGCUCUGGCCUGGACCGGCCUAACGCACCGUGCCCGCUACCGUGCGGCGAGGGCUGCCGCUGCCGGGAUGGCUUCGCCCUGCAGGACGGCAUGUGCGUGGCCCGCAGCGAAUGCGGCUGCACAGGCCCCGAAAGUAACCGCCGGCUGCCCUCAAACCACACUUUCUGGAAGGACAGGGCCUGCCUGGAGCGCUGCUACUGCAACGGUUCAGACAACAGCGUAUACUGCUUGGUUGUGCCGUGCCACCCUGAGGAGUACUGCCAGGAGGACGACGGGUUGUACUACUGCAGGCCUCGCACUCAGGCUCUGUGCGUGGCGGCCGGUUAUGGCCAUUUCCUGCCGUUUAGCGGUGUUCCGUUUGAGCUGCACAGCUCUUGUAGCCUGAGCUUGGCCACCACUAACUGUGGGAGCAGGGACACUGCAAUCAUAAGUGGAAGUUUGCCUCCAUUUAAAUUAUCAGCUCUUAAUGAGGAGAGGGACACAGGCCAGGCGGUUUGGGUGAGGGGCUUCGUGCUGGAGGCCUUUGACUUUGAGAUUGAGGUGUCCCGAAGCUACAAGAACACCGCCAUGGUGAAUAAGGAGCGGUUGUACGUUCCUGUGACGCUCGGCCCAGGGAAGGUCACCAUCUUCACUUUGGGCACAGUGCUCGUCCUGGAGACGGACUUCGGCCUCAAGGUGGUCUUCGACUGGAACACCCUGCUCUUGUUGACUUUACCCCGUCACCUUUACAACGCAUCUUGCGGCCUCUGUGGGGGUUUGCCCUCAGCCUCUGUCAGCCACACCGCUGACCGCUGGGGCGCGGCCUGGGCCAAGAAGGACGCUUUUUGCCGGGUGGGCUGCGGCGAUUCGUGCCCAAGGUGCGGCACGGGGGAUAAAAACCUGCCGGAUGAUAGCUCGAUUGCAUUGGCUGGCGAAAAUGGCGACACGGACGAUAACCCCACAACCGGACUCCGCUCCCGUCCGCGAGACGGUCUCUACAUGUUUGCGGACCCCGAGACAGCGAGGCUGUGUGGCCUGAUGGUGGAUCGCGAGGGUGCGUUUGCAUGCUGUCACAGCAAGGUGGCGCCAGGCUUUUUUUACCAAAGCUGCCUGCGGGACGUCUGUUUGGACGGUGCUCAGGAAACCGUUUGCGGCUGGCUGCAUGCCUACGCCAUCACCUGUCACACGCAAGGGGUGCCUGCCACCGACUGGAGGGGUGACACGCCAUGUGUCCAGAGAUGUCCGCCAAACAGCCGCUACUCCAGAUGCGUGCCGGUGUGCCCGCCCCAGUGCGCCUCCGCCCGCGGUCAGAGGGAUUGCACCCAGGACUGUGUGGAGGGCUGCCAGUGUGACCAGGGAUACGUCCUCAAUGGCAAGAGCUGCAUCCUGCCUCAAGACUGCGGCUGCUACACUGACGGCAAGUACUACGAGCCCAAGCUGCUGUUCUGGAACGGAGAUUGCACCAAGCGUUGCCAGUGCAUAGGCCGCAACCUGGUGCAGUGCGACCCGCGCCGCUGCAAGGCGGACGAGGAGUGCUCCCUGCGUCACGGCGUACGGAGCUGCUUCGCGCGGCGCUCCCAUCAGUGCGUGGCGUCGGGCGGCGGCGUGUUCAAGACCUUUGACGGCGCCUCGCUGCGCCUGCCCGCCUCCUGCUCCUUCGUGCUGUCCACCAACUGCCACAAACUGCCCGACCUCUCCUUCCAACUCAUUGCCAACUUCGACAAGCACAGCACGCCCAACCUCACCACCAUCUCCCACGUCUACCUCUACAUCAACGAGGAGAACAUCCUCAUCUCGGGCAACACGGUCAAGGUGGGAAGCGGAGCGCCAUAUUUCCUCAAGUCGUGGCACGAUUUACAAUGGUCCCGCGGGUCGACACAGGUGAACGGCACCCCGGUGUCGGUGCCGUUCGUGACGGGUCUGAUGACGCGCCUGUCCGCGUCGGAGGGUUUCAUCGACAUCGACUCGCCGCAGGACAUCCGGGUGCGCUACAACCGUUUCAACACGCUGAGCGUCAGCAUGGGCGCACGGCUGCAGGACAAGCUGUGCGGCCUGUGCGGCAACUUCAACGGCGACCCCGGCGACGACUACAUCACCUCCACGGGCGGGGAAGCCGCCAGCGCUCUGGAGCUCGCCCAGAGCUGGAAGACCAACGGCAUGCAGCACAGGUGCGACGAAACCCAAUACGUGGCGCUGGCCCGGUCGUGCGACAACUCUGCCGUGCUGGCACUGCAGCGCGAGGACACGUGCCUGAAGUUGACCGAGCCGAAGGGCUUCUUCCAGCCGUGUCACGGCCUGCUGGACCCGCGGCCCUUCUACCAGUCCUGCUACCUGGACGGCUGCUACAACCAACGCGGCGCCCAAGUGUGCGGCUCGCUGGCCGCCUACGCCGAGGCCUGCCGCUCCAUGGGCGUCCUCACCACCAAGUGGAUCGCCCAGGAGAACUGCUCAGAAUGGAUCUACGACCCCUGUGCAACGGAGACCUGCACCAACUUCACAUGCGAGCUGGAGAACGGAGGCGACCUGUGCGGGUGUCCCGAGUUGCCCGCCAGCCACCAAGGCGACGACGACGUGAUCGAGGCGGAGGUGACGUGCAAGCCGGCCAUGAUGGAGGUGUCCAUCUCCAAGUGCAAGCUCUUCCAGCUGGGCUUCCAGCGCGGCGACGUCCGCGUCAACGACCACCGCUGCGUCGGCGUGGAGGGAGAGGACUACAUCUCCUUUUACAUCAACAACACCAAAGGACACUGCGGCUCCAUUGUACAUUCAAAUGGCACCCACAUUAUGUACAAAAACACAGUGUGGAUCGAGAGCGUCAACAACACGGGCAACGUCAUCACUCGGGACAGAACCAUCAACGUGGAGUUCUCCUGCGCAUACGAGCUAGACCUGAAGAUCUCGCUGGAGACCGUCAUCAAACCCAUACUCAGCGUGAUCAACCUCACGCUGGCCACCCAGGCGGGCAACUUCAUCACCAAGAUGGCGCUGUACAAGAACGCCUCGUACCGCCAGCCGUACAAGGAGGGCGAAGUGGUCCUCAGCACGAGGGACGUCCUCUACGUGGGUGUCUUCGUGGAGGGCGCCGACGAAAACCAGCUCAUCCUGGUGGUCAACAUGUGCUGGGCCACGCCGUCACGCAACAGCAGCGACCGACUGCGCUACGUCGUCAUCGAGCGAGGGUGUCCCAACAUCAACGAUAACACCAUCGGCAUGGCGGAGAACGGCGUGUCGCUCACCUGCCGCUUCCACGUCACCGUCUUCAAGUUCAUCGGCGACUACGACGAGGUGCACCUGCACUGCGAUGUUUCGCUGUGCGACGCCGAGAGACACGCGUGCAAAGUGAAUUGUCCGCCGAAGAGGAGGAUGUCAUCCAAGGAUAAGAUGCUCAAAGAUCACACACUCAGUGUUGGGCCCAUUCGAAGACGAGCGUUGCACUGGUGCGAGGAGGACAACGGCGGCUGCGAGCAGAUGUGCACCAGUACGGCGAGCGGUCCGGUGUGCAGCUGCGUCACCGGGAUGCUGCAAGCGGAUGGGACGAGCUGCCGCACUUUGAGUUCCAGCUGCAGACUCGCACCUGCACACCUCCUGCUGAGCUCCGCCGUUUCUGCGCUUCUACUUCUUCUUCGCUGACGCACAACUGCCAACAGAAAAGACUUGAACGCGCAAAAGACUGGCGGUUUGAUUCAU